AUGCACUUGCCAGUAAAACUUAUAGCAGUAGUAAACCGGCCACUACAGAUUGCUCAAGCAUUGGGGGAUCCAUCAGUGACGGUUGAAGAUGUAACUCCUCCUGUUUUCCCUUCUGGAGCUCUCUUCCCUUCUGAAGAAAGAACUGUCCAACUCUUUGAAAAGAAUAGAUACUCUGUUGUCAACAUUUUUGAUAUAACAUUGUGCCCUCAACUUAAUAUAACUGGUGCUGUUGAGAUUCCAGAAGGAAAUGGUUCUGGUGUUGUCUGGGAUCAGCAUGGACAUAUCGUGAUAAAUUAUCAUGUGAUAGGUAAUUCCCUUUCAAGAAAUCCAAGUCCUAGGCAAAUUGUUCCACAAGUUAAUAUCCUAGCAUCAGAAGGGUGCAGUGCCCUUAGCCUUUGCUGGGUACAAAAAAAUUUUGAGGAUAAGUUGAUUGGUACUGAUUGCACUAAAGACCUUGCUGUUUUAAAGUGGAGGUCCUCUUUUGGAUUCAAUAGGAAACCUGAUUGGGAUUAAUACAUACAGCUAUAUUCACACAGACAGGUGCAUCAGCAGGUGUAGAAUUUGCCAUCCCAUCCUCCAUAGUGCUAAAGAUUGUACCUCAACUGAUCCAAGUUUGGCAAAUUAUGUUUCAUUACUAUAUAUAAAUCCAAGGCUGUUCGAGCAGGUUUGAAUAUUGAAAUUGCUCCCAACCUGAUUGCUAAUCAACUUAAUGUUCGAAAUGGGGCCCUUAUCCUUCAGGUUCCUGGUAACAGUUUUGCAGCCAAGGCUGGGCUACUCCCCACCACCAGAGGUUUCGCUGGUAAUAUUAUGCUUGGUGAUAUCAUCAUUGCAGUUGACAACAGACCUAUGAGUUUUCUCUUAAAUUUUUGUCCUUCUAGUGUACUCAGCAUGUUAAAUUCCGUUCUGGUUUCAUAUUCUUCCAGUUGAGCAAGAUAUGAGCUAUUGUACAAAUUAAAUUGUGAUUUUGUCAGCUUGGGGUGCCAAAUCAUGUUUGAAUAAAGUGCUUUUGAUUCAUGUGCAUCGCAUUCAAUGAUUCAAUGCAGUUAUGAAUAUGACAUUCGAUAUUUUAAAAUACUGUUGUUUUCUCUUUUUGCAACCUGUCAUCAGGUUAAAAACAAAGGAGAGUUAUACAAAGCUUUGGACGAAUACAAUGUGGGAGAAAAGGUAAUCUUAAAGAUUCAAAGGGGCGAGGAGAGUUUGGAGCUGCCUGUAAUUCUAGAGGAAAUAAGUUCAUGACUGGGCCUCCCAACAUCUCUUUUAGGAUGAUUCACAUGUACAAAAAUCCCAAGUUGAAACUCCCGUAAUUUUUCGAUUUCCCAUGUUUAUGAAGCAGGAUUAUUAAACUUGUGGGAAUAUAUGGCAAA